GCCGUCGUCGGGCGUGCAGUGCCUGCGUCGAUUGUCAUCGCUGUCGAUCGUAGCUAAGCGUCACGCGUGUCACGACGCACGGAAGGACGCUUCAUCGGCGAAUAAUCUCGGAUCCUGCGAACGCUCGCGAUCGUCCGUCGUCACCUAUUCGAGCUCGCUCGCUUGCUCGACCCCACAGUACUCCAGAGACUUACGAUCAGUCGACUGCAACGCGCACUUUCCCAUUGUGCCUCGUCCUGGAUCUUGUGUAAAACAGAGAAUAGAGGGAGCCUUCGAUAUGCUGGUAAUCCUGAUGCUUGGAUGAACUUCUUAUGACUACAUUUACUCUUGAAAUGUGUUUUUCAGUAUAUAAGUUACAAAAGAGUGGAAAUAACCUUAUAGAAGUUGUGAUAAAAGUUAUGUUAUGAGAGAGAAUAUUUUGGAGUGUACCCUGGACAUUGUCAAACAGAAGAAUCUGCUAAAUAUAUACCAAGCGAGGCACUGUAGUGCCAAGCUUGGGUAAUGGAUCCCGUUGGUCCAUGGUACACGUCGUAUAAUCGUCUAACUGCGGGCAGCUCCACUGGCACGUUUCAAUCGACGUCGACUACAACUAGUGACUUUGUACCUCAUCAUUUAGCAACAGCUGCCACACAGGCUGUGCCAUCAACAACUACGUCGCAAUUACUUUUACAAGCGGCUCAUACGACAGCAACUCUGGCGGGUCAACCAUCCCCUUUUAACCCAGGGGGGUUUUUAUCUCCACCCUCUGUGGGUUAUGAAGUCUUUUCACCUUUGUUUCAUCCUAAUACUAAGCAGGCGCAUUAUGUUACUCAACAUAGGCAAGUACUUGCUCAAGCACAAGCGGUAUCAGCGACAAAACAAAACACGACUGAAUCGGAUAUCUCCACAUUAAGGGAAAAUUAUAGCUCGGCUCAUCAAGCUACAUUUUUCGAGCAACAGGGAGCAUCGACGUCACCUACGACAUCAACAUUAGCCUGGACAUCUCAGAACAAUACGCAGCUUCCUAGCCCAUUUGGUAUUUUACCACACGAGAGCGUCGUUCCGUCGUCUCCGGGUCCGCCUUCUACGAAAUCUAGUGGUACUGGCUACGAGAAUACGUUUAAUGCCCAUUUUAGUACAACACAGACCAUAAACAACAUUAACGCAUCUCAAAUAACUACUCCGUCUGUGUGCAACGCAGAUUUCAAGGCGUCUGGUUGUCCGACUGACACAAAAAAGUCGAUCAGCGUGAGACCUCAAUCACCUACCGUUAGCGUAAAGUCCACUAUUUCUACGUCACAAGUCAGCAGUAAUCAAACAUUCUUUCAUCAAGUUCCAACCUUUAAUUCUGACACCUUGUCUGAUAGUUAUCCAGGCACUGGUAAUGGAGGUCAGUCUGUCACUGAAAAUGAAAAAGUGCAAUCGUCACUGCAACAUCAGCAAUCGUGUAUCGUAUCGACACCAAGCAACUCUUCUGGCAAAGAAUACAGAAUACCGCAACCGUCCUUGAGAUCGACCACAUCGACAACGAUUUUUCUAAGUGCUCCGGUGCGAUCAGGCUCCGCGCAGGUAAUUCAGGAUAAGCAGGGGACGCGCAACGGCAAUUUUGCGUCACCUAACAAAACGGCAUCUGCCACCACGACUCAACAGAAUAUUCAGACCAAAGGGCAGACAAAGAUUUAUCCAGACCUAGGGAGCCACGGAAUUGAGCACAGACGAAACGAGCAACAGGGACAUGAUAACAGUCAAUCAUCCCCGAUUAGUUUCUCCAUCAUGGAAAGUCGCAACUUGAGUUAUACUACAAAUAGUACCACUAACUGCAACAACACCAAUGGUAAGCUUACGACCAACCAGAGGACAUCAUCCAACUUACAGCAUCCUCAGCAGCAACAGCAGCAGCAGCAGCAACAAACGUUUCAUGUUUUGAAUCAGCAACAACAGCAGCAACAGCAGACUACAUCAUAUAGACAUUAUUUGACGGGAUCAACGAGCGAUACAGAAUAUCAUCAUCCGGGCAGAUCCAAGUCCGCAACUUCAACGGAUUCUGCUUACUCGUCCAAUACCUCGACACAAAACGGACCCGACUGCAGUGUUGUUGUUCCGCGACGACCAAGUCCUCUGCAGACUCAUUCGCAGGCUAGUCCCUUGGGUCAUGUACCAAGUCCGGCGUAUCCCAUGUAUAACAGUCCGUUGGCAACCAUGUCGUCACCAUCACCGUUGCAACAGCACGAGACCAACGGUAGUCAGUGUACUAAUGGUGCAUCAUAUAAGGGCGGAGUCACUCAACAAGUCGCUCCACCGUCACCUUUGGAUGUCACCGUUCCCAGACCGGCAUCUCAGGGACAGGUAGCUUACUCGUCGGUGAUCACACGAGCAUUGGGCACUACGGAAAAUAACAAGACAGCUUACAGCGCGGAGAGUAAAACGUAUGAGAGACAACAACAAGAUUUUUCGCAAACGCAAAAGCAACAGGUCUGUUGGGAAAAUGACAACCGGCAAACAGCAAACGGCACGAGGAAGUUUUCCGUCUAUACUGGUGCGACGACGGCGACUAGCGACAUAAAUGCACAGAGCUUACCGGUCCAACAGCAAGUACAAAGGCUUAUGAAUGUAUCGGUGGACAGGCAGCAGUCGUAUUUCGAAGCUAAUCAAGUGGCGCUGCAAGAUUUAAGCAGCUGUAGGGGAGACCCAAUGAGCAUCGUAAAGAAUUUACAAACGUUGCAGCAAGGCCCCUGCUUGCAACAACAUACGACUGCCGCUACCUCGGUUGGUACGGCAGAACAAGAAAAGCAGGUUGAAGAACGGCGAAAAGCCGACAGCGUCAAUAAAAAGAGGAAAAAUUUGGAAAAGGGUGGACAUGGCACGCCAUUAUCUAACGAGAUUACGGGCGGUACGACAAUGACGGAAUACCUCAGUAGGAUACCUCCGCCUGCGCACCAUAACGCGGCGAAUCAACAACAGCAAAACGGUUACUUCGAAUUUGAACGGUGGAAUAUACCGCCACCGGCCACCAAGAUGUUUCCGACCGCGUCCGCCGCCUUUGGUUCUCAGUCGUCGUUGCACCAUUCGAGUAACUUCGUAGGCACUCCGGCUCAUCAGCACCAAUCAUUAAUGGUGUCGCAUCAUCAUGCACCACCACCCAUCCCAUAUUUUCCGGCUUUUCAUAUUCCCGCGGGUCAUCACCCACAUCACUCGCACGAAUUUCAAUCCUCGGUCGAAAUAACGCCGAUAGGAUUCGGCGAAAACACCACAAACCAAAACACUACGUAUAAUCAAGAGGUCAGAGAUGAUCAGCCUAAAGUAAUUGUUCCUAAUAUUGAAGAAGAAUUAGGCUUUCUUCAACAAGACCAGCAACUGAUGCAGAAUAUGAAUCAAAUAAAUAAAGACUUUAAACGGCCCAACAGAGAUCCUAAUACGGGCUUUAUGACGAGUUAUUUAAAAUUUUUGCAAGGUGAAAGGGACCCUUCUCCACCACCUGCUAUACGUGGUGGUAGAAAAGCCACAUGGAAUAGGUCAAAACCGUAUAUACCUGUCGAGCCAAGUAAACCUGCGGAAGCUUCGAAUGGUGAAAGUGUUAAACCUCAAGAAAAGCCGAUCGUAGUAAAGGAGACGUCGGUUAAGGAAACACCGGCGAUAGAUUACGCUAAUGAUCCUAGGUAUUUUCCGUUACCGAAAGAAAGGAAAAAAUUAAAUUUUGAUUCGAGCGACGAUGGAUUUACUAGUGAUGACGAUUUUCCAUUUCCUUCUAAGAAAAUGGAAAAAAAGGUGCAGAAUGCUAAUAAUACGAGUAAUAUUGAAAUUGUUGCUGUUAAGCCGGAAGGAAAAGGUAAGAAAGGCCGGCCUAUUAAGCCUGGUGGACCGACGGAUAGGAAGAGAAGAGCUGCUGCGGCAGCAGCUGCAGCAGCAGAAGCAGAGAAGAAAUCUUCGAAGAAAAUUGAAGAAGUGGAUCCUUUACUUCUUCCUCCCAGACGCGAAACAUCAAGAAGAAAAGCAAAAGAGAAAACGUCAGUGAAACAAUUUUUAGAUCGACAACAAGGUAUAGAUUAUUUUGAUAAUGAUGAGGAACAGAUAGAUUCCGACUCCGAUCCAGCAUGGACACCUGCUGUAAAAUUGGUUGGAGAUGAAGAAGAGAAAAGGAAGAAACGUGCGAGACCCGUCAUCACGAAAAAGAUUAGGAAGAUGCUAGAAGAGGAUGGUUAUUCGUCCGGGGAAGCUAUUAUCUCAAAGAAAUCAACGAGGAAAAAGCAUGAGACGCCCUCAAAAAAUUCUAAAAGUUCCAGCAAACUUUCUUGCAGAAUUGAUGAAAAAUUAGUAGCGGCGGCAAGUGACGAAGAUAUCGAUAUUUCGCCAUUUAAGCAUUCGAUAGGCAACUCAGAAGACGCGUCUGGCGAAUUUGUCGUGAUCAAAACAGACUUGGAUGAAGAAGAAGACCCUCCUCUUUGGAGGAUAGAUGGCAAAACAUUACUCCAAAAAUAUCAGCCAUUCAAAUCCAGUGGGAAAACUUUAUAUAGAAACAUACCUACGUAUUCUGCAUGGGUUUCACAAAAUCGUCACAUAUAUCAACAAGUGCCGGUGAAAUUCUGGCAACAAGGCAAGACAGAAACAAUUGUAGAAUUUUUGAGGGAUGAAAUGAUCAUUGAUGACAGUGAGAACAUCGAUAAAUUUAUGAAAGAAACCGAAAAAUAUCAAGAUAAUUUUGAAGUAUACAUACAGACAUUAAUUUCACAAGCUCUGGAUUCUAAUUUUCUCACUGAAAUAUUUCAGGAACAAGAUGAUUAUUUUCUAUCAAAUGUUAAGACUGUCGAUGAAAUAACAGAAGAAAGAAAACGUCGCCUUUUGUUCACAACCAAGUGGAAAACAAGUGUCGUGACGGCAAUAUCAACGUGGCCAUGUGUUAACGUGCUUAAAGAUCUGCUGCCAUCAGAAUAUAAAGGGAAAUUUUGUGCUGGUUGUCAGCAAGCAAAAAUCUAUGCAAGAGUUUUGCUUUAUGGACAGCCAUAUAAUGGUACUACAUUAGAAGGCUCGCCACCCGAUCCAAGAAUACCUCACGAAAAAGACUUUUUGUUGUGCCGUAUUUGUCAAAAGAAGGUGGCUUUGUAUAAUAAAGUCGCUCAUCAAAAAUAUCUAAUGUUCUUGGAAUGUGCGAGAAGAGUAGCAGAUAAAAAGGUAGCCGAUCCGCAUAAGGACACUACAAUAAUAUUAAACGAAUUAUUAGCUGAUGAAACAUGGUUGAAUCAACUUUUCAAAGAAGUGAGGAGUAUUUGGGCUGAAAUCGAUAGCAUGGAGCAGCAAGCCAAGGCUAAAGCAAAAGUGAAAUCAAAAGCAGCACUGUCGUCAUCAGUGAAGCAGUAUCAUAGAGCAGAGACAACAGUAGCAAGUGCUCCUAUCGUACUUAUGUCUAAAAGGACUGCUGAUAAUAUUUCUGAUUCACAGGUGCCUAUACAGAAUACCGAAAAUAAUCCUCAAACAAUAUCUAGUGACGUACAGAUGAGCAGUGAACCAUCUUAGUGGUAUUAUGAUAACUGCUUAUAUCUAAUACAAAACGCAUCAAUUAAUUGUUCGGUGAUACAUUUAAUAACACACGGUGUGAAAUUUGUUACACCAAUAUCAAUACCAAUCAAAUGGACGUCUUAUUAUGGUAAUAAUGAAAAACCUUGUAUAGAUAUAUACUAUGAGAUAUGAUCGAAAAGUGUAACCCAGAGACUAUAGUUGUAAAAAUUGUGUGCGUACGUGUUAGAUAAAUAUGAGAGAAUUCACACGUACACAUGUGUAAGUACACCAAGCAUAUGUAACAUAUUCAUAUUUGGUACAGAAGUUUAGCUCUAUCCGAGAUUUUGCCAUUAUAGUAUAAUGAUAGCAUAAUAAUUAUUAUAGCAGAAACUGAUAUUCAUGUGAAUAUAGGCAAAUAAUUUAAUCUUUGUAUCAUGAUCAUCUUAUACAUAAGCUCCAAUAUAUAUUACGAGAUCUGAAAUGAGUUGAAAUAUUACGAUGAUAUGCAUCAAACGUCACAACUCUCUGUAUCAUAUUUGCAUCGCAUUUUAUUAAAUCGAAAAUACUAUUCCUCUGUGGCACUAUAUUAUUUUUCUGGGUAUCUUACAUAAUUGUACAAAAACAUUUUUUACAGAAUAAUUUACAAUAAUUAUAUA